AGUUCAACAUGAUGAUAGUGCUACGUGUCUCUGGCUGUUGAGCAGACGCGGAGCAGACAUCAUGGAUCAGGUAAUGCAGUUCGUUGAGCCAAGUCGGCAGUUUGUGAAAGACUCCAUUCGGCUGGUUAAAAGAUGCACCAAACCUGAUAGAAAAGAAUUCCAGAAGAUUGCCAUGGCAACAGCAAUAGGAUUCGCUAUAAUGGGAUUCAUUGGCUUUUUUGUGAAAUUGAUCCAUAUUCCUAUUAAUAACAUCAUUGUUGGUGGCUGAAUACCUUUUUAGAAAA